UUGAGGCCGGCCAACAUAUUUAUUCCGCUCUGCCUGUUCGUUGCUUGCAUUUCGAUUUCCCCCAAAAAGCCAAAAACUGAAAAAUCUACAGCAAUGGCGGCAGCAGCUGCAACUGUCGCCUCCUCGCUUCCUUCAAUUCCCGCUACUCGUUCCCGCAACUCGUCCUUCUUCUCGCCGACUUCCGUCGCAACCACCAGUAGCACCUCCUCUGCUUGCCGGAAAGUCAGGCUACGAAUGCCGUGCAGGGCAAUGGUACAGCAGGCCGCUCAGGGAGCUCCCGCUGCUUACGCCAAGGAGAUGGAACGGCUUUCUGCUAAGGAAUCGCUGCUUCUCGCUUUCAAAGAUGCCGGGGGUUUUGAAGCUCUGGUCAGUGGGAAGUUAACGGAAGUUCAGCAGAUUGAUGUGAAUGAAAGGAUUACCGGUCUUGAGCGUCUCAAUCCAACCCCUCGGCCAACUACGUAGGUGGUUUACAGGUCUCCUUACUUGGAAGGUCGGUGGAAUUUCGAGUGGUUUGGAGCUGGAAGCCCUGGAUUGUUUGCUGCCAGACUAUUGUUUCAGAGAUUUCCUUCAAAUUUGGCUAACUUAUCAAACAUGGAUGUGGUGAUUAAGGAGGGGAAGGCAAGGGUCACAGCGAAUAUGAAGCUGUUGUAUUCGAUAGAAAGCACAGUCACUCUCUCGUCGCAGUUAACUGUAGAAGGUCCCCUUAGAAUGAAAGAGGAAUAUGUUGAAGGGAUUUUCGAGACACCAAAAGUCAUCGAGGAAACAGUACCAGAACAGCUAAAAGGAGUGCUUGGCCAGGCUAUCAGCACAGUGCAACAACUCCCUGUUCCCAUUAGGGAUGUUAUCGCCGGUGGCCUGAGAGUUCCACUAUCUGGUACCUUUCAGAGGCUCUUCUUGAUAUCAUAUCUGGAUGAGGAGAUACUGAUAAUGAGGGAUGCAGCUGGAGUACCUGAAGUUCUUACCAGGUUGGAAGCACCUGCACUAGCUAUUCCAGAAGUCGUCUCAGAAUACGAGAGCUAGUCUGAUUGAUUAAGUGGAACUCACUUCCCCAUAUGCUUGAAACUACUCUCUUUUCUAGUCUGCAACGAGUCGAAUUACGUGUUGAAGACCUCAUUCUUUCCAGAUCUCAAUACCAUUAGAGUUCUUUUCACUUUCUUCUCAUCUCGUUUCAUCUUCUCAGUUGCUUUUAUGUUGGUUCCACUUCAUAGCCCUUAGUAAACUUAUAUUAAUUCCCAGGAAUGUAUAAAAACAGCAGCGCAGCAAGCAAGAAGACAAUACAAGCACACACGCUCAGUGCAUCAACGGCAGCCUACUGGUUCACUCUCGGUAUCAUGGAUGCGCUACAGUACAGAAGGAGCUUGAUUCUGUGAUGUGCAGGGUCCGCAGGGAUCAAAUUAAAUCCCUAGCUGGUAGCCGCUUCAACAUGCAUUAGCAGUUUAGAACCAGUACCUGGAAUUUAGGGCUGUUAAGCGGUGCGGUUUUGGUUAAACUGAACCGCAAAAAUGCGGUGAACCGCCACCGAUUGUAGCCCCAAACCGCCCACCGUCACUGUGAAUCUUGCGGUUAACCGCCUCCGUAACCGGAAAAUAACGGUG